GAAGGAAGGAAGGAAGGAAGGAAGGAAGGAAGGAAGGAAGGAAAAAGGGAGAAAUCUGAAAGAGGACCACAGGAAUUUUUAAAAAAAUAAUAACAAUCUUAUAACUUGAAGCUGCUUUCCAAAGGAAAAUCCAAGAGCAAAGCCAAGAAAAUAAAUAAUUACAACUCAAGGACGGCUUUCUAAAAUUAAAGGCUUCCCUUUAUAUUGAAAAAAAAGGAAAAGGGAUGAUGGAUGGGCAGUCUGCCUCUCGGCCACCAAGUCCAAAGACGGAGGUCUUGAUUGACUUUUGGCACUUAGGGCCAGAGACUUCCAAAUUAAGGUUCUUGGGUUCAUUACUUGAGGUGGUUGAACUCGUACGCACGAAAGACCUCAGUGGGAGUGGGUAUUUCAUGUGCUGCCAGACCCCUGACCACGAAAGUAAGGGCGAAGAGCAAGUUGAGACAGCCUUAAAAGAUUUACCUUGUGGUGAGGUGAUGGGUGCCAAAACCUUUGCUGCGGCCUUAUACGCCGUGAAGCAGAAGCUGGACGAAAAAGGCGUGGAAAAAGUCAUCAUCCUGUUGUCCUGGGAGAGAAAAUCCUUGGUGAGGAAGUAUAUGGAGCAGCUCUUCACCGGGCUUUACCGGUAUGAGUUGAUAGAGCUGCCCAUGAGCGUUAAAGAACAACGUUUGAAGAAAUCCUUGGAGUCACGCAGCAAAGCAGGGCCUUGUGGAGAUCCCGAGGUGGAAAGGAUCCAGAAAGAAAUAAGCCAGUUUUUGGAAAGCCUUCCCAGCCUGAAAGGAGACCUCACGAUCCUCAAAUCUUCAUUGAUCCCAGAACAUAUUUUCCUGCAUGGAUUCACAACGAGAACCGGAGGCAUCUCUUAUGUACCAACGCUGAGCUCUUUAAAUCUCUUUAGCAGUUCUAAGCGGCGAGACCCACCAGCUGUGGUUAAGGAAAACCUUCGAAGAUUAUCCCAUGCUGCUGGGUUUAACCCAGAUAUGUAUCACAGCAUCAAGGUCAACCACGCCAGUGACGUCUGGGUGAUGGGACAACCCCAACCAGAGAGCUACGAUGGGAUCGUAACUAACCAAAGAGACGUCACCGUCACCGCUCCCGGCGCGGACUGCAUUCCUGUUCUGUUUGCUGACCCGGUCAAGAAAGUUUGUGGAGCUGCCCAUUCAGGCUGGCAAGGGACCUUACUAGGGGUUUCGAUGGCUGUAGUUAACGCUAUGGUAACAGCAUACGGUUCGGACGUAAAGGAUAUCCUCGUAGUUCUUGGACCAUCUGUGGGGCCCUGUUGCUUUACGCUACCCAAGCAAUCAGCAAAAGAGUUUUACAAGAUUGACCCAACAUGCGUAAGAGGCUUUGAAUCACCCAAUCCAUACGUUGAUAUUCGAAGAGCAACACGAGUUCUCCUAGAAGCUGGAGGCAUCCUACCCAUCAACAUUCAAGACGACUCCGUAACAGACCCGGAGCAAAACCUCACUCUUUGCACAUCCUGUCAUCCCGACAAGUUCUACUCACAUGUCCGAGACGGAGAAAACUUUGGCACUCAAAUUGGCUUCAUCUCUAUUAAAAACUGAGAGCACAUCCUAAACGAUGUGGGAACGAUGGAUGAAGUUUGAUGGACUUUCCUUAUUAGUAGAAAGAUCCUAGUGACAGUUAUAAGUUUCCGAGCAAAUUUUUAAACUGUUUGCAACCAACAAUUUGGGUAUGGCUAGUGAAAAGGGGGAGAAGGGGAGACAUGUCAGCAGUAUUCCAAUACCCCAAUCAAGGAACUGCCGAACAAAUUAACAGUAAAGAAAAGAAUCAUCAACACUGGUAGUGAAAAAACCGCUAGAAUAUAAAUCGGGAGCAAACCCCACUCCCCACUAGCACUGAUAAUGUUACCUAGUUGGGUAAUGAAACGUCUGCAAGAAAGCAAAAGAAGCUCAGAGAGCACCAAGAUUAUAUGUCUGCAUGUACUUAUCCAUGCUUUGUUUCAGACUGAAAGUUACACCUGAGUUUUGUGGCCGUUAGGAUCAAGGUUUGAUCAGAACAAUAGUGAUCAUUUCAUUUCGUUUCAAUCUUUUAAAUAAAAUGAUGAUCUUACUAACACAUUCAA